CUUUGUGUUUCUAACAGAGAUGCAUAGCUCUGCUCUUCUUGGGCUUACGGUUACUCAAACACACCAUGAAAUCCACAAAUAAAUUUCACCGAUACUUUUACUAACUAAAGUAGUUAGUCGGUCAAUGACUUGAAAGCUAAUAGGUAUUAUAACUCAAACAGCUGAACCAGAUAAGAAAGCCACCCCCGUGACAGAGUCAGAUGAAGCCCUUGUGAAGCUAGUCACAGCUGAGAGGCACUUGCACGGAGACUCCACAAGACUGUCCCGAGAACUAGCAACUAUUGAGAAUGAUGCUCGAGCUGCACUUCAGCUAGGUAAUAGGAUUGCGGCCAAGAAUCAUCUGAGACGUAAGCACAAAGUGCAACGGAAACUGGAACAGUGCACGAAAGCUCUGGAAAACGUACAGAAUUUACUACAACAGAUGAGGGAUGUACAUUUCAAUGCAUCAAUUGUCGAUACUUACAAGACAACAUCAGAAGCUAUGAAGCGAGGAUUAAAAGACAACGGUCUUGAGGUGGAUACAGUUCACGACACGAUGGACGAUCUGAAAGAGGUAAUGGAUUCAUAUAGCGAAAUGGAGAGAGCACUUGGUACAACAAUAGACGACACCGACACAGCUGAGCUUGAAAGAGAAUUGAAGGAACUGCUGUCGGGACCGUCGGCGCCUGGUGGCGGAACUCCCGGGAAGGAGGGGGAGGUUGGAGCAACGCAAAAGCCGGUCAAAAAGACAUCGGAACGAGAAUUUAUCUUUGAUGGUGAAGAGAGAAUGCUGGCAGAACUGAAUGACCUGGGUAUAGAGGAGGCAAGUCCCAGUGGAAAGGCAGAGAAGGAUAAAGAGAACAGAGUCAGGAGAAAGAUUGCAGUACCCGAUGGAGACUGGGAGGAGAAAGAGAAGGAACCCGCAGACGAUUUGAACAGUGCGAAGCAAUCGAAGCCCUGGUACCCGCGAUUUGAGGAGUGUCUUAAAACGGACGCGGCUUGGAGGGACGCGGACGCCGCGCACGAGAUACGAACCGACGAUAGACUUCAUCCGGGUCAGAAGCUGGAUGUGGAUUACACGAGGCCCCCUCGUCUCUACAACUCUGACUUCGCCGUGAAGGACCACCGACUGGAGGCCGGGGUGUGGCUCUACAACAGGCGGGACGCCGACGACUUCGCCUGCAGCACGGAGUUCUUCAGUUCCGAGAGUCCCGGGAAAGCUCCGGUCGGUGGCUUCCAAAUGGCUCCCGGGGGCGAGAGGAAGAAGUCACAGCUCUCGCCUGACGAAGAGACCCCGGACGAGGAAUUGGAACGAAGAUUGAAGAAUCUAAGGGGCUUUAACUAGUAAACGUAUGUAGUCGAAGGACAGAACGAAUGUUGCCGUAGAAUUUUUUUUUUUUUUUUAAAUCGGUGUCUAAGUAUAUGUCGAAGGGUGAAAGGUUGUUUGGGUCAAGCGAUAUUUUUGCAAUAUUACAGUAGAGCCAUUUAAGGGCUUGUGCACACCAGGUUUUUUUAACACUACACACCACGCUUUUAAUCUACAUAGCGGUUUGUUGUCGUUUCUAUCGAUACAAACGCGAUACUGACGCGCGUCUGUAUCGAUAAAAACGCGCGUCGACGCUGCGUUUAAAAAACCGCGGUGUGCACACGUCCUAAAGUUUGAAAUUUACAAAAAUUAUUAUAACAAAAAAAAUCUAUUCUUCAACUAUUCGAAUAUAGUAAACUUAUUUGAAGUUCAAUUAAAAACCAAAUAAAACUGACCUUUAAUUACAAAGAUAAAUGCCGCUUAUAACUUUUCACUCCUCGAUACAUUAGAAUUAUAGGGGAUACGUUCCUAAGUGACAAAAUAAAAACACACCUUAGGCGUAGUUGUAAUAAGGUCUAGUUUCCUUUUUUUAUUAGUUAUAUUUCAUGAAUCCUUCACAAAGGACUUUUACAUAUAUAUUGGAAUCCUUUUUAUCAAUGUGUAAACUUAGGCCAACCAGACGAGAUAAUAAGCGUAAACAAGCGGACCGUUACUGAGUUACAUUGCGAUAGAUAGGGAUUAUUAUCUCUGUCCUUAUCACUCGCACGCGCAGUUAUGGCGUCAGUUGGUCGACAACAGCUGUCGUUGUGUGUUUCGUGGUACAGGAAAGCACUGAGUACCGCAGCUGUCAACAUUUGGUCCGCCAUUUUGUGAACAAGUUCAUUCCUGUUUGGAUUGCGUGCGUUGGCGCAUUUACGUUGUAGAUGUCUAUGGGCUCCAGUAACCACCUAACACCAGGGGGGCUGUGAACUCGUCCAUCCAUCUAAGCUAUAAAAAAAAAAGAUUGUAGGGCACAUUACACUUUUUUCACAAAUCAGUAACCUUAACAGAAGGUAUUUUCAAGGCAUAUAUGAGUCGUCUAUUAUCAAAGGUGGCAAUCUGUGCUUUUGGACAAAAAAUUUUUAUUGAUAUGUCAAUACAGAUUGAUUUGAAUAUAAUCGUCUCCUUCAAAGAAUACGGUUCAAAACCUGCAUUAAAUAAAGGUUAAUACUUAACCUGUUAUUUAUCUAAGAUGUCGUUCAGAAGAGUUUUGUGACUGCCAAUGGAAUACAAAGUCAAUAAUUCGUUUUCUGAUUUACCAGUAAUUGUCCAAAAGUCACAUUGCCGGCUUUGAUAAUAGUCGACUCACAUAUAUACUUUUAUAGCAAUACUACUUACAAUAAUACUUUGACGAAGCAUGUUGCUGAUAACUCUGUUUCUGUAAUCUGACGAAGCAUGUUGCGGAUAAUAACAUGUACUUUUAGGUUAGGAAUAUUGUGUUCUUUUUUUUUAUAAUAAAUAAAUUUAUAGCAAUAUUGACAACAUGAUUGAUAAUACAAUAGAUAGUUUUAUCAUAAACACAGCUGACUCGGACUCUUCGGACGAAUCAUCUUUGUCUAGUACAGAUGACAGCGAUUAAAAUUCGAACUUUGUAAUAAUUUAUUUAAAUACUAGCGACCCGCCCUCGCUUCGCUUCGGAAACAUUAAAAGACACAUGAAACAAAAAAAAAAAAUUGAAAAAAGUAACCUAUGUUCAUCAGGGACAAUGUCGGCUUCUAAUGGAAAAAUAAUUUUUCAAAUCGGUCCAGUAGUUUCGGAGCCUAUUCGAAACAAACAAACAAACAAAUCUUUCCUCUUUAUAAUAUUAUAAGUAUAAGUAUAAGUAUAAGUAUAGAAAAAUGUUUUUUACUCCUGAAACUUUGUUUACAUUUUUUAUCUCGUCUGGUUGGCCUUACUUUAGUAUGUACCGAUAUAGCGAUCAGCUUUGCGAACAAAUAAUUCUUUAGUUGUGAAUAUAGGAAUUGGGUCGUUGUUUUUUUUUAUUUAUUUAAUCCGCGAAUAGUGAAAGCACAAAUAAGGAGCUUUUGCUAUACAUUAAAUAAAUUGACGUAAGUGAUUUUUAUGAUUAAAAUAAAAUGCUGUGUUAUUCACUUCUUAAUUGAAAAUAAGUUAAAUUUAGGUUAGUAUAAAUAAUAUUAAUAAAUAAAUAAAAAUGUGUACUACACGUCGACUGGUGGUCAAAUUUGUAUGGAGUUGGAAUGUUUGCCGCUAGGGACUUUGUUCCAACUCCAUACAAAUUGAGUUAACUUUUACGCUAUCGAGAAUGUUAAAAAACUCGGACUAAGCAAACCGAACGAGUCGUGACGUCCCUAUAUCGAGGGGUGAAAGACUGUUUGGUUUUAGUGACAUUUUUGCAACUUUAUAUUAGAGAUUCUAUUUUUUCCUACCUAUGCUGAUAGCCUUGAGAGGCUAUUUCAGCUUCGCCCUAACGUGUAGGUGAGCUCACGGGGCUCAAACCGGAGUGUUGCUAACACUGACCCUAGCAAGAGCAGUGCUUCGCAGAAUCUACCACCGGAUCGGAAACGCGACCCACUGAGAAGAUCCGGCGAGAAACUCAGUGGCCUGUGUCUGUGGGUUAAUUCGAUGACCGGUGCUUGAGGUACCUAAAAGCACCGUUAGUGGAUCGGAAGGGUCCGUAAUGACGUGGUGCUAAGACGUUGCCACGCGUUCGACAUAACGGUAGAGAUCACGAUAGAGCGAGACAUAAUAAAUCAAUAAACUUCACUUUAAUAAAAAAGUCCACCAGUGCUGCAAUCAUUUUUAUAGCAGCCGUAUAGAUAUUAUUUAGCCGUAUUUCGGUUUGAAAGGUGGGGCAGCCGUUGUAACUAUACUGAGACCUUAGAACUUAUGUCUCAAGGUGGGUGGCGCAUUUGCGUUGUAGAUGUCUAUGGGCUCCAGUAACCACUUAACACCAGGUGGGCUGUGAGCUCGUCCACCCAUCUAAGCAAUAGAAAAACAAAAAAUACAUGAUUCUACUGUGAAAUCAAAACAUUGGUUAGACGUAUUUAUUGAGACCGUAGAAUUAGCUCGCAUUGACUAUAUCGGUCACGAAGCAGUCAGAGCUUUCUUUUAUUUGUAACAUCAAUCAAACAAGAGCGCAUCGUAGUAAAGUUGUAGUUAUAAUACUAGCUGUACCCGUCCGCUUCGCUGGGCAUUUAAAAUUAACAUUAUUAUUUCUCUCCCCCACAAAGAUUCUCAGUAUUAACGCCCCCGCAACUGGUGUAGGAAGUCCAACACUCAUAUAAAUAUUAGCCUAUCCAUUAAGUACAUGUAUUUUCUACAUGGAUACCAAGUUUCAAGUCAAUCGGAUGCACGGUUCAGUAGUUAUAACGGAACAUCCGUAAAAACCACUGUAGAUUUAUAUGUUAGUAUAGAUGUAUGUAAAGAAAAACCUUUAGUAUUGAAAACCUUUAAAACUUUCUUUAGUUUAAAAAAAAGAAAGAUUUUUCUUAGGCAGAUUCACAGACCUAUCUGCCAUCGAGACAAAAAGAAGAGUUUUGUUGUAACAAAAUUCAAUAAUACUGUUUAAAAAAAAAAAAAUUAAAAAAAAGAGAUGAAAUGGCUUUAAAUGCUUUUUUAUAAUAUGGUUUUAAAUACUAAAGGUUUUUCUUUUUUACAUUUAUUUUAAGUGAGUAGUUUCUUUAAGAAAAAUUUAAAAAAAUAAAAUAAAAAAAAGAUCAUAAAUAUACUUAUAUAUGAGGUCGUCAGCGCAAUAGUGACCUACGCUUACCAUAGUUAUUAUGGAGCAAACAAUGUUUUAAGUUUUCAUGCAUUUGAAUUUGAGUAGGAGGCAAAAAAACAAUACCCGCAAAAAUAAUGUUUACAACGCCAUCUGUGUUUACUAUGGGUGAAACUAUGGAUAGGCCGGUUUUGCAUUAAAAAAUUUUAUAUCUUAAAUAAGUUGCAAUAUACAUAAUUAUAAGCAUGAUUAUGAAAAAUUGUGGGCUAGGCUACUUUUGCGCUGACGGCCUUAUAUAUUAACAACUAUUUUUCAUUAAGUAUAGAUAGUAAUAGUAUUUUAUGUAUUAAUAAGAAUAUAAAAAAAAAUAAGACUUGACCUAAAGGUCUUAGUUACCAGACCAUAAAGUCCCUUUAAAAAAAACUAUUAAUUAUUAUGAUAGCGGCUGAUAUGGAGAGUAGAAUUGUAGAGUACCAUCUAGUAACACUAAAUAGUGGCGGCGCCACGGAAACAAGUGGAAGGAUUUUUAAAAAAACAGUGUCAUAAAGUACCAUACUUCACUCUGUUCAAAACUGCUAUAUUCCUAUCAUUUCCACUUCCUACACUAGCGCUGUUUCGGUGAGUCUUCCGACAAUAACUCGCCAUUUACAGGCGACCGCUUUUUCGACUUGUCCCCUAUGCAAGAUGGCGCCUCUUACUUCUACCCUCCAUGGUUAUCAGUAGAAGACGUGAUAAUUCUUAGUAUGGCCGUAGUUACCAUGUGAGCUUAUUGUUGGUAGAACGUCUUGUGAGUCCGCACGGGUAGGUACCACCGCCCCGCCUAUUUCUGCCGUGAAGCAGUAAUGCUUUUCGGUUUGAAGGGGAGGGGCAGCCGUUGUAACUAUACUUGAGACCUUAGAACUUAUAUCUCAAGGUGGGUGGCGCAUUUACGUUGUAGAUGUCUUAUGGGCUUCAGUAACCACUUAACACCGGGUGGGCUGUGAGCUCGUCCACCCAUCUAAGCAAUAAAAAAAAGCGCACGUCGCCGGAUGGUAAGGUUAGGUGAAUGGUUACCAUCGUUCAAGGUCGAUCGAUGUUACCAGUGGCGGGUGGUGCGAUGGUAACCUUUAUAUGACGACAUGACUGUACGUAAUAACAGGAUUGACUGAAGUAUCAUUAGACCGAGAGGCUGAAGCCAUUUUAUCAUUGGAAAAACAAACAAAAAAAGUUUUUUUAAGUCAUAUUUCUUUGUAUAAUGCACCGUUAUAAUAAUAAUACUCGAUAGUGAAAAAUUGAAUUUGUAAUAAAAAUAACAUUUAGGGUGUCGACUCUUAGACUAUAUAGGUUUUUAUAAUAGUUGAAAUCUUCAAAAAAAUAUUAGCAUGUAAACGUUUGAAUAUAUCUAUAGUAUACUCGGAGCAGUUAUAACCUAAAAUGUUGCCAUUGAAAAAAUGUAAUCAUAGAUGUAUACAACUUUAUGGUAUUUGUAUGUCUAUGGUUUUUUAGCUAUAUUUUUUUAUAUUCGACUAUAUACGAUAAUAACUUACUUGUAAAUAUUAAUUAUAAAGAUGUACCUGCUAAUUUUAGGAUUAUAUAAUUAAUGUGAAUAAUUUAAUGAAAUGAACAAAAAUGUAAAAAAAAAAUGUGUUUGUAAAUAUAUGUAAGUGCCUUAAUUUUUUUUGUUUUAAAUGUAAUUUUCAAUUUUUAAUCUAUGAUCAACUAGGUAAACAAACGGUGAUAACUCCAAAUUUAAAAAUGUUCAAAAUGAAUUAAUAUUCCUUUUUUUUUUAAUGUGAUAUGUGACGGAUUUUAUGUUCAUACAGCCACCACUAGCAGUGUGUACCAACAAACAGCCAAAUAGUCAUUAUCCAUGUUGAGAAACCGAUGAAUUGUUUGAAAUAUCUCAAUCCAAAUUGAAAUCCGGUCUUAUUCAUAAUUAAAAGCUUAUUAAAAUUAUUAAUGCUAAUUGAAUUUAUUGUUGUGUUAAUGAACUCAUUAAAUCGAUCGAUUGAUUAUAACGAAACAAAAAGCGUUUUUUGACAGUCUUAUAUAAUGGGCUAAUAAAGCUCUGAUUGCUGAUUAUGAAUAAGACCGUCCCAACGUUGUUUAAUAGGUACAUCGGGAUGUGAAAGGUUAUUUGGUUUAAGUGAUAUUUUUAUAGGAGAGCUAUUUAAAAUUUAAAUUUUGGGAAAAAAAUAUCAUAAAAAAAACUUCUUCGCCUAUUGUGUAUGGGAUAAACUUAAUUGAAGUUCAAUUGAAUAUGUUUAUUGACUGACUGAAUAUGUAUUAUGUUUAUUUAAUAUCUUUUUGUAAAUAUAGUCAGCGGUAUGAAGGUCACGGUAUCCGUAGAUCUCAUCAAGCCGGCCUACAUACUGCAUGACCCAGACACCACACACUUACACAGCCCACACAUACACCACACACACGUACGCCACACACUUACGUACUCCAUACACAGACGAUCGGGUGCUACCAGAAGUCGAAGAACAUACUCGUCGAACUAGAUCAGGGCGUAGGGUCAGAUUUCCGGACCAUUGUCGCCCGUAACCGGUCUCUGGAGGGGGUGAUGUAGUGUAACUAUGUAGUUACACUACAUAUCGACGCUUGAAAGGCAAACGUGACUAACCGACAAUGCGUGAACUUUACAGUAGACUAAUAAUUUAAAGUUGAAAUACCUGAAAACAAAAGUUAUUUUAACGAAUCCAGCUGUAGUAGAAUCUAGCUAGUAGCUGUAGGAUUGAAAUGAUUUUAAUAGACCUAGAAAUAUGUAUAUAUUUUUUUGCGCAUCGAAUAUGGUUAUUGCCUAUCAUUUAUGUACAAAGCAGUUAUUGUCGCUUAGUCACUUUUGCCUUUCAAGCGUCGAUAUGCAAUUUCGGAAAGCGCACAUGUCGCAUAUUUUGUCAAAUACGUUUUUUCAUAUACACAUGUAGUUUUGAGGCUUACCUGCUACACCCGUUUUAUAAUAAUUCCAGUAAUUUUCAAUUGCUAAUUAACACUAAAAUAUAUCUCGAAAGUUAAUAUUUUAAAUUUUACACUUUGCUUUAGAAAACGAUCAGUUUUUUUUGUUUCCUGAACAUUUUACAUUUUCAGAGAUGUGCCCUUUUCGAAAUUGCAUAUAUCUAUAUAUUAAUACGUGAAGCAAAAACUUUGUAUCCCUUUUUACGAAAAUUGCGCGGACGGAGGAGUAUGAAAUUUUCCACACUUCUAGAUAAUAUAUAGAGAAGAAGUGCACAAUGCUAAUAUUUUUUUAAAAUAAUGCAUAAAAGAUACAUUAAAUCAAUAAAGAAAACAUUACACACACUACAUACCAUGUAUUUGACACACACACGUAUGCAUACUAUUUAUUGUCAAACUUUUGUUCUUGACGUCUGUGGUCAAAUUGAGAAUAGAUUAAAUAUUGUUUGUCUUUGUUAAUAUUUUUUAUAGUGUAGUCUUGGCGAAAUUUGUGAUUAAAGAAGUAUAAAAUACAAUCAUAAUAGUGUACAAAGUUACAAUUCCAAUUAAUUAUAGUCGAAUUUCGACUACUGCGGGACCACUAGUUCAAAUUAAAAACGCCGCAUUGUUGAUGCUGAUACCAAAUGAAACGGACCCUUAAUUUCAAAGAUAAAUGUCGCGUAUUAGACGUUACAUACCGCUUAAACCAUAUUGCCUUUCGCUCCACGAUAUACUUAGUCUGGCCAUAAAUACUGUUACAAAGGAAAACAAAAAAAUGUCCUAAGUCAUCUUUUAAAAUACGCGACAUGGUUCUAGGUGCUAUCUUCAUCUCCCGAGAUAAAAUCUUUUGCUUUCGGACAAGAUUUCUUCGAAUUCUUUCCCUUACUGCUUUGACCACCCUUUUCGUACGAACACUACGUGGACGGCCAGAUCUUUUUCUGUCACAAACAGAGGAGGUCUCAUUGCACCUAUUAAUAGCCCGGUACACAAACAUUUUACUAACCAAGCGUAUGGAGUGUUUUAAAAAUUGCAUUUGGCUCCAUACCUACUUUGUGUAAUGCAAUCACAGCGGUUCGGUUCUCUUUAUCACCCCACUCCAUUUUAAUAUCGCAAAAUAUUGUACAAUGUAUUGGCGCCAAAAUGAAAAAACUCAAUGAGCAAUCAUAUAAAAAUGACAGAUUCCAAACUCAAAUGUAAUAGCUUGUUUAUUUUUAAUUGUAACAGUAUUUAUGGCCAGAUUAAGUAUCACAUGUAUGCGUGAAUAGAAAAAAGUUCUCGAAAUGAAACAAAGCUAUAGCAAACGGUAAUAUGAUUAAUUAAAUAAUUUAGAAUAAAAAUUAUCGAUCGUGUAAUUUUUGUGAGCCAGCAAUGUACAGUGUAGGUAGACGGCGAGCGAUUGAGGUCAUUGAUCCUACGCGUGAUUUGAUUUUUAAUUGCGUUCCAUUGCGUGUUUCGGAGAACGGUAUUUUUCGGUUAUGAUUAUUUUAAUGUGUCAGGAAGCAUCAGUUCUGCUGUAUGUCUCCAAUGUCCUAGUUGUAAAAUGGCUCCAAAAUACUAUGCUCUAUACAGAUGUAUGUUUUAUAGUAAGAUAGUUAUUCUAUGUAAUAGGUCGGGGAAAAAGUUUCUUCGCAUUUUUUUAAGAAAAUUCACAACAUAUUUUUAAUAUAGUUUAUUUACGAACUAAAGUAUGUAGGUACCAUUUUGUUCGAUAACUUUUUGCCAUCUUGUAGAUAGGGACAUUAUCCCAUUGCUAUAGAAAUUUUGGGGCUUCUGAUCGAUAUACCGCGACAAUUGGUUUUGGCAUGAAAACUAAAUAAAAAUCACACAUUCUCGUAAUUUGAAUUUGGAAUUAUGUUCCUUAAAAUUUAAACUUUUAAUUAUACCAAAACCAGCCAGAUACAAAUAGUAUAGCCAAAGAGAUUUUAUUACAAGUAUAAUGCAAAUUUUAUUACAAGUAAUACAUACUAUAAUGCAAAAAGACUUUUUACCCAACCUAUUAGGUAUUUGUUUCAAAGAUCACUAGGUUCUUCGAGGAAAACAAUUUUGUCUUGAAAACGGUCAUGUAUAAUGAUAUAUACAGUCAAAACCGUUUACUGCGACAUCGUUUAAUACAACAUGCCGGUUAUAAUAACCUGGAACAAAGGUCCCGGCUGAAUGCUAUAUGACCGCCUUAUUAAAAACAUUGCUUUUUACGACAUUGCUUAUAACGACAUACCUCAUAAAACGACCACAUUUAACUAAUAUUUCGGAGAAUUAGAUCUGUUAUAACGACCGGCUAAGCUGUAUUGUAAACAAUUUGAAUAGGUAUCCACAUUUGUCUUCAAUGGAAGAAAACAAUAGGAUUUAGUUUAGUGUAGGGUCUUUUCUAAUUCUUAGAAACAAAACACGUGCAUGCAGUAGAGUCAAAGCCCGCUUCUUCAUAUCUCUUCAGUUAGUUUGUUACUUAUCUAUACACAAGACGCACCAAAACAUUGUGGAGUUAUUCGUGAAACUUUAAAAAUGUCGCAAAGAAAAAUGUACAUAAUUGAAUAAAUAUAUUUUUCCAAUAAUUCCCUAUCGAUUUGUUUGUACUUGCACUAUACACAUUAAGCAUCACCGGUUGUUACGACUAUCGGUUUUUACGACUGAAUAUGAGCAGUCCCUUCGAUGUCGUUAUAACAGAUUUUGACUGUAUAUAUAAUAACUAGCGACCCGCCCUCGCUUCGCUUCGGAAACAUUAAAUUCUAUUAUUGAUAGGCGAAGCCCGCCAUGUUGCGCGCGGUACGACAAUAACUGCGGGUGAAGCCGCGGGGCGAAGCUAUUCUAAAAAAAGUAGCCUAAGUUACUCCUUAUAUCAUCAGCUACCUAUCAGUGAAAGUCUCGUCAAAAUCGGUCCAGCCGUUCCAGAGAUUAGCCGGAACAAACAGACAGACAAAAUUAAAAAAAAAAUGUUAUUUUGGUGUAUGUACCGUAUAUAUAUUCUUAUGCAUAUAGUAAAAAGCGGUUAUUUCAAUAUUACAAACAGACACUCUAGUUUUAUUUCAAUGUAUAGAUAUACCGUUAAUUAUGUUAAUUAUAAUAAUGUCAGAUCUUAUCCGGAAUGCUUUUGAUAAAAUAUGUAUUUAAUCAUGUGAAUAAAAAUGUAUGAUGAUGAGAAAGUGGAAA